AGGAGGAUUACAUCAAGGAAGGCUGCCUUCUUGGAAGCGUCUCCUAUAAUGAAAAAAAGCUUCUCAGAAAGACAAGCAGAUUCGAGAACCGAGGGGCUGGGAUUCUCUAACUUUGAAUUCUCAAUGGCUAAAACCGAAGUUCAAGAUUUCCGGAUAUUCGUUGGAACAUGGAAUGUGGGAGGUAGGCCUCCCAAUAAUUGCCUCAACCUUGAACAUUUCUUGCAGGUGGAGGGCGCUUCAGACAUAUAUGUUUUGGGGUUUCAGGAAAUCGUCCCUUUAAAUGCUGGAAAUGUUUUAGUGAUUGAAGACAAUGAACCCGCGGCAAAAUGGCUUGCCCUCAUAAAUCAAGCACUUAAUGACCCACGUAAUGACUGUUCUGAAUCGAGCCAAAGCUCAAAACUACAAAACAACAGCAACCAUCCCAAGGACCUGAAAUUCAAUAAUGGAGGUCUCAACUUCUUUCAGAAACCUUCUCUCAAAAUUCUAAGUCGAAAUUUCAGGGCGGACAGCAGACGUCUUAAGGCAUGCAACUGCCCUUUGGACUCACCUCCAGUCUUGCAAAGGCGUGUAACAGACGUCAGUGAAACCCUAAUAAGGAGAACAGUAGGGGACACUAUGCGCAACCCCCAUGACAGCUGUUCAGGUGAUAGUGAUAUCUUUUCAAUUGCAGAAGUACCACCAUCACAUAGCCACUUAAAUUACCGACUUAUAUCGAGCAAGCAGAUGGUGGGUAUCUUCCUCUCGAUCUGGGUGAGGAAUGAACUGGUUCAACAUAUCGGCCAUCUCAGAGUUUCCUGUGUAAGCAGAGGAAUCAUGGGCUGCCUUGGCAACAAGGGAUGCAUAUCAAUAAGUAUGUCACUGCACCAAACAAGCUUUUGCUUCGUAUGCUGUCAUUUGGCUUCGGGGGAAAAGGAAGGAGACGAGCUCCGGAGGAACAUUGACGUGGCCGAGAUCCUCAAAAAUACCCAAUUUAAUAAGAUUUGCAAGAACCCAAAUAGCCGAGUCCCUGAAAAAAUCGUCGACCAUGAUCGAGUCAUUUGGCUUGGAGAUUUGAACUACCGGGUUUCCCUGAGCUACGAAGAAACAAGAACCCUGUUGGAGGACAAUGACUGGGAUGCUCUUCUAGAGAAGGACCAGUUAAACGUGGAGAGAGAAGCAGGGAGAGUAUUUACGGGGUGGAACGAGGGAAGAAUCCUAUUUGCCCCAACUUACAAAUAUUCUUACAACUCUGACUCCUAUGCCGGAGAGACGGUCAAAUCGAAGAAGAAACGUAGAACUCCUGCAUGGUGCGAUCGAAUAUUAUGGUAUGGUAAUGGAAUAGAACAAUUGUCAUACAUUCGCGGAGAAUCAAGAUUCUCAGAUCACAGACCAGUGUGUUCAGUCUUCCUUGUAGAAGUGGAGAUGGGAAACAGUACCGCCACCAAGUUGAUGAGGAAGGGGUUCUCAACCUGUACAACAGUGGAUCAUUUUAACGGCUUCAUACCUCAAAGACACAGCUUCUGUGAGUCGUGA